GAUCUUGAAGAUGUUAUAUAUAAAUCAUAAAUGAAAGUAUCCUGGUGGCAUUAGAAUAAACGUGACAUGUGGACUAUGUGUGGGUGGGUCUUCGUGUCAAUAGUAGGCGAGUAGUCAUCCAUCCGCUACCAUAUUACUUACCUCUCUCUUCCGAUCACAAAAAUCAACAAUCACCCAUGGCAGGUCGAGAUAUUCUCCACAAGAUGAAGGAAAAGGUUUGUCUAUCAUCAACAACAUCGUCAGCAUCUUCAGCUGAAACUGGAAAAGGAAAGAGCAAGAUUUCGAAACAUGUAACACACGGGUAUCAUUUAGUUAAGGGAAAAUCACACCAUGAUAUGGAAGAUUAUGUAUUCGCAGAGUUCAAAAACGUUGAUGAUAACGAGCUUGGAUUGUUUGCUAUAUUUGACGGUCACUUAAGUCAUGAAGUUCCUGAUUAUCUCCGUUCGCAUUUAUUCGAAAACAUUUUAAACGAGCCUGAUUUCUGGAGGAAAACCGAGGAUGCAAUCAGACGGGCGUAUCGUGUAACUGAUAAAACAAUCCUGGAUAAAGCAGUUGAUUUAGGUAAAGGAGGUUCAACUGCAGUUACUGCCAUUUUAAUAAACUGUAAAAAGCUUGUAGUCGCGAAUGUUGGCGAUUCACGGGCUGUGAUAUGCAAAAACGGUGUGGCGAAACAGUUAUCAGUUGACCAUGAACCUAGUAAGGAAAAAGAGCUAGUUGAGAACAGAGGAGGUUUUGUAUCCAGAAUGCCAGGUGAUGUGCCACGUGUUGACGGGCAGUUGGCGGUAGCAAGAGCUUUUGGUGACAAGAACUUGAAGGAGCACCUGAGUUCUGAACCGGAUGUAUAUAUGGAGAUGAUAGAUGAUGACACCGAGUUCAUAAUAUUGGCAAGCGAUGGCGUGUGGAAGGUUAUGUCGAAUCAGGAGGCUGUGGAUUGCAUCAAGAAUGUGAAGGAUGCAAAGGCAGCUGCAAAGCGACUGACCGAAGAGGCACUGGCAAAGAAGAGUAGUGAUGAUAUAUCCUGCAUUGUUGUAAGCUUCUUUUGAUAUCUUUUACUUUCACAACUUUUCGGUGUAGGUUUAGAUAUGUUGUAUACUUUUAUGGUGUAUCUUUCUUAAACACACUAAGAUAAAAAAAAAAUAUGUUAAAUAAGUAGGCUUUGACCAUAUCUUUAUAUGAAACAUAUUUAAUAAAAGAUGUGUAUGUCAUUGUGGAAA